AUGUCAACUAACAAUACAUUGAUACACCCGGAAUUUGCUGUUCGACCAAUAAUGUACACUGGUUUAGGCGAUGUCAUUGGUUCUACUGUCUGGUCAAGUGAACAAGCAUCAUCACUUGGUGCAAUUCCAGGAUCUAAAGUGGCAGAUUCAAUUAAAUUUCCUCAUCCAGUAGCUGAAUCAUUGGGACGAUUUGGCAAAUCAGCUGAACAAGCUAACAGGAUGCAAGUACUAGCCUCUACGCAAGGUUUACAUGGACCUUUACGUCUUUCUAUGGAACAACGUAUUAUGCGACGUAUUCAACCUCGCCUUCCUGGCCUGUAUUCAUAUCAUCCAUUGGCUGCUCAAUUGAAUGGUAGUUUAGAUGAGAUUGAUAUAGCUGAUUUCAUCAAUCCCGCAGAAGAUUCUGAAUCAGUUGGAAUGCCUCAAUUGAUGAUGGAACACAAACUUGGCCUAUUGUAA